AUGGUAUUUAAGGAGCAUGACAUAAGAGUUAUGGUUGUAGUGGAGGAGAAGGUUGAAAAAACAAAUCUGCCAAUGUCAAGGCUGGUUUUUGCUGCUUGUAUCUUCUCUAUGGCAGCAAUUGCUCUAGCAGCUGCUCCUGUAACAUACAUAUUUGGUGACUCCUUGACAGAUGUUGGGAACAAUAAUUUUCUGCAAUAUUCUUUAGCCAAAUCUAAUUAUCCUUGGUAUGGAAUUGACUAUAGUGGUGGUCAAGCUACUGGAAGAUUCUGCAAUGGGAGGACUAUUGGUGAUUUCAUAUCUGCAAAACUUGGAAUUCCAUCACCACCAGCUUAUCUGUCGGUGACUCAAAAUGUUGAUACCUUACUCAAAGGAGUAAACUAUGCAUCAGGUGGGGCAGGAAUUUUGAAUGAUACGGGACUUUACUUUAUUCAGAGGUUAUCUUUCGAUGAUCAAAUCAACAAUUUCAAGAAAACAAAAGAAGUAAUCACAGCAAACAUAAGAGAGGUGGCUGCCAACAAGCACUUCAAUGAGGCCACAUACUUCAUUGGGAUUGGCAGCAAUGAUUACGUCAACAAUUUCUUGCAACCCUUUCUGCCAGAUGGCCAACAAUACACUCAUGAAGAGUUCAUAGAGCUCUUAAUCUCAACCUUAGAUCAACAACUUCAGAGUCUUUAUCAACUGGGAGCACGAAAAAUAGUUUUCCAUGGCUUAGGUCCACUCGGUUGUAUUCCAUCACAGAGGGUCAAAUCCAAACGUGGCCAAUGUCUAAAGCGAAUCAAUGAAUGGAUUCUGCAAUUCAACUCAAAUGUACAGAAGCUAAUCAACAGACUUAAUCUUCGUCUUCCAAAUGCAAAGUUCAUUUUCGCAGAUACUUACCCGUUAGUUCUUGACUUGAUCAAUAAUCCCUCUACUUACGGUUUUAAGGAUUCAAACACGUCAUGUUGCAACGUAGACACGAGUAUUGGAGGUUUGUGCUUGCCAAACUCAAAGGUCUGCAAAAACCGCCAUGAGUUUGUAUUUUGGGAUGCCUUCCAUCCAUCAGAUGCAGCCAAUGCUGUUCUUGCAGAAAAGUUUUUCUCCCUUCUCUUCACAUCAGUCAAGUCUGCAGCACCAACUCCUUCUCCAACACCCUAAAUUCUCUCCAAUCCAUUGAACUUUAGCACCAUAUAAAUAUACUUUACAUUUUAACACUAUAAUGCCUCAUGGUGUUAACUAAUACCAAUAUAAAACUAUAACUGAUAUUAGGGUCGCUGUAGAAAUACACCUUACUAUUUCAACAUACAAGAGUUCUAACGCAAAAAUACAGAGAAACAAUAUGCAAUACUUUC